AUGUCUGCUUAUAUACCUCGAAACGUGCUAGUCACUGGAGGUUGCGGUUUUAUUGGUUCCAAUUUUGUGAAUUAUAUCUUUGGAGUCUGGCCACAAACUAAUAUUGUUAACAUUGAUAAGCUGAUCCUGAAUUCGGAUGCUUUUUAUGUGAAUGAGGAAAUUGAUACGGUAAUACACUUUGCUGCGGAUUGCACUUCAACACGAUGUUACGACGAUCCAGUGGAAUCGAUUGAAAAUAAUGUGAUUGUAUUUAUCCGAUUUAUGGAGAGUAUUAGAUCCUAUAAUAAAGUCGAAAGAUUUAUACACAUUAGUACUGACGAGGUAUACGGCGAUUCUAACUUGGUAGCAGAUGAAAAAGGCAAAAAAGAGGAUGCGCUUCUUUUACCCGGAAAUCCUUAUGCAGCUACAAAGGCAGCCUGCGAAUCAUACGUUCAUAUUUGCUGCGAAUUGUUUGCAAUGCCAAUUAUUAUAUUACGCAUCAACAAUAUAUACGGACCUAAUCAAUGGGAUGUCAAGGUAGUUCCUCGCUUUAUUAAAUUAGCCAAAAAUAUGGAAAAAUUUACUGUGCAAGGUAGUGGCAAACAAUUACGUUCAUGGCUAUAUGUUGACGAUGCUGCUGAAGGCAUUCGAAAAGCUGUUGAAAAUGGAACAGUUCAUGAAAUUUACAACAUUGGAACUUGUUUUGAAAUGAAUGUAAUCGAUCUUGCACAUGUUAUACAAGCAGAAGUAGACCGACAACUUGGGCGAGAUCCAACUCCUGUGGAAUUCAUUGAAAUACUAGAUCGGCCAUAUAAUGAUUUACGCUAUUUCCUUGAUUACAGUAAGAUUAAUCUCCACACUGGUUGGUCACCAAAAGUAACAUUUGAAGAAGGUAUUAGGCGAGUUGUCGCAUCAACGUUAAAUCCAGUAAAAAAGAAGCAGAAAAUGGUCGUUGUCGUUUACGGUGGUAAAGGUUGGAUUGGACAGCAGUGCUGUAAGAAGUUGCUUGAGCGGAAGAUUCAUUUUACUUUAGCCAAUUGUCGAAUUGGAAAAAAUAGCGAUAAGGAGGUUUUGGAUGAGUUAAGUAGCAUCUAUUGCACACAUGUCCUCUGUUGUACAGGUAGAACGCACGGCGGUAAAUUCAAAACAGUGGAAUAUCUGGAAGGAGGACUAUGUCAGACUUUCGAGAACAUACGGGAUAAUUUAUACUCAACGAUAGCUUUAGCAAAGAUAUGUCAAACAUUGGGUCUACAUUUUACUUAUGUCGGAACUGGAUAUUUAUUUGCAUAUGAUCAGGAGCAUCCGAUAGGCGGCAAAGGCUUCGCUGACGAUGAUUUCCCAACAUUUUUCGGAAAUGCGUACUCAAUUGUGAAAGGUGUCACUGACCGUAUGAUACAACAAUAUGAAGGUGGAAUCAAAGAAUGCUUAAAUGCUAGAAUAACGUUACCACUGAAUUUUCGCUUAGAUGAGGAGAGAAAUCUGCUGACCAAAAUUUUAGAAUAUAAGCAAAUUUUCGACAUUCCAGUAUCGAUAACAGUAUUGGAUGACUGUAUACCUGCACUUAUUGAUCUCAUGGAAAGACGUGUUGGUGGCAAUUUAAAUUUAGUCAAUCCUCAACCGAUCAGUUUUUCUCAAAUAUUGGAACUUUAUAAGGAGAUUGUUUGUCCGGAUUUGCAUCAUUACGAGAUAUUAGAAGCAAAAGAUGACAGAUAUCGUGAACUGUAUGCGACAAAAGGAAAUUGCACUUUGGAUACAUCCAAAUUGGAACAGCUUUGCCCGGAGAUUCCGAACACUUUCGAAAGUUUACGGAAGGGUUUCACGAAGAUGAGAGAUAAUCUUAUGUGA